AUGGUUCAUCUCAGCAGCCCUGUCUCUCUCCAGGGAAUUCUUCAACCUGGAGGCUUCCUCCAUGAGGCCGUGAGGCCCGUCAUCCACCACCUUGCUGAAGCCACCAGCUGCCAGUCUAUCACAGAGGCUGCCCAGCCCAUCCACGGGUAUCCAGGGGACACCGGGGGAUCACAGGAGGUUGCUGGGAUCCACCAGGUCCUCCAGGGUCCACAGGAGGUCCACCCGAGCCCACCCAGACACUCCAAUCAUCAAAGCCAACAAUCGGGACCUCUCCUACAUCCUCCUUGUCUCCCUCCUGCUUUCCUUCUUGACCUCCUUCCUCUUCAUUGGCCAACCAAGGAGAGCCACCUGCCUUCUCCGACAAACAGCCUUCAGCAUCUUUUUCUCACUCGCUGUCUCUUCUUUUUCUUGGCCACAAAACCAGGGAAUAAAGUGCAGAGAUGGCUGGGGAAGAGCUUGGCCAACUCCAUCAUCUUUUGUUGCUUGGGUGUCCAAGCUGUCCUCUGCAGCAUCUGGUUGGGCACUUCUCCCCCAUUCCCUGAGUCUGACAUGAACUUGCAGUCUGGAGAGAUCAUCCUGCAAUGCAAUGAAGGCUCUGUCACCAUGUUUUAUGGAGCUCUCGGAUACAUGGGCUUCCUGGCUGCUGUCUGCUUCACGGUGGCUUUCCUGGCCAGGAACCUCCCUGGGGCCUUCAAUGAAGCCAAGCUGAUCACCUUCAGCAUGCUGGUCUUCUGCAGUGUUUGGGUCUCCUUUGUGCCC